UUUGAAAAAAAUAAAAAAAUUGUUCAGCUAAUUGAGCACAAGUUAGUUAUUAAAAUGCCAUUAAAUUACAUUACAGUGAUCGGGACGGGUCCAGGGCCUGGGUUUUUGGACCCGGCCCUUUAAGACCGAAGUACGAUUACUUUACAGUGAACCUGAGGCUCAUUAUACCGGAACCUCUCUCUCUCUCUCUCUCUCUAGUGCUCCCUUUCAUCAGCCACAACGCUCUCUCAGUUCUCACCGUCUGAAGCUCAUCUCAUCCUCUCUUGGAUUCCUCGACGGCGAGAGGAAGAAGCUCGAGAGGGUUUCGAUGGCGAUGUGCAAUCCUUGGAGUGAUGAUCUCUGAGGUUUUAUGUUGGAUUUGAGCUUCAGGUGACUAUGGGAAGCUAUCACGAAGAGAAGAUCAUGGCUGGGAGUGACUACGCCACUGCCGGGAGCCUGGUGUGGGUACGGCGGAGGAAUGGGUCGUGGUGGCCUGGGAGGGUUCUCGGACUGGAUGAGCUCCCUGAUGAGUGUUCAGUUCCACCGAGAUCCGGGACCCCCAUCAAGCUCCUCGGCAAAGAGGAUGGCAGUAUGGAUUGGUACAAUCUUGGAAAAUCUACACGUGUGAAAGCAUUUCGUUGUGGUGAAUAUGACGAGGACAUUGAGAGGGCUAAGGUUUCUGCCGGUAAUUCCAACAAGAAAGCACCUAAUGCAGGGAAAUAUGUUCGCAGGGAGGAUGCUAUUCUGCAUGCCCUUGAGCUUGAAAGCAUUCACUCCUCCAGUGAAAGCCAGAAGAGUUAUCCAGGGUCAAUCAACUUGAUGGACAAAAGAGAUUACAAAUCUGCCACGCAACCAAAACCUGCAUCUACUCAAAGCAAAAAGCCAUUCUGUAUGUCCAGAAAACAUGAAAUCCAUGACGAGGCUUCAACACAAGAGUUCUCACAGUCUAUUGUGUCAUUUGAAGAACCAAAUAAUCCAUCUACCACAGCCACGCAACUUACACAGAAAAAGAGAUGGAAAACCCCAUAUGAUUCAGAGAAUGAUCACCUUGAAGAAACUAGGCGUACCAGGGGUCUUCAAGAUCUUGGAUUGAGGACAGUGUCGCAAAAAAAAGGCUCCAUUCUUGUCUGCAGAAAAGGGUCUCCUCUCAGCUCAAAGUUUGAUAAUGUUUUUUCCGAUGAUAUUCCAGUAAAGAGCUGUAAAAGUUCUUUCUUGUCUUUAAAAAGGAAACAAUCCAUGGGGACCCACGUCCAUGUGAAUUCAAAAAAGAAAAGUCGCCGUCGCCAACUAACAAAGGUUUUGGAAGGUAAGACCCAGAUACUGAAUCCAUCAGCUUGUCAGAUUGCUGUUGUAGAUCAAUCAUCUUUUGUGGAAUUUAUAAAGAGGGAGGAUAAAACUUUAAAAUCUUUUGUAGUAAACACAAUUGAGGUUUCGGCCUGUCAUGGAUCACACCGUUCUGGCACAUCACAUGAAGGAUCAUCCUUAGAUGUAUCCGGAAACACUUAUGGUGGUACACUUGAUGGCAGCAGUUCAUGUUCAGAUAUGGAGGAUCACGACCACUCAAACUCGCUGGAAUUUAGUGGCAAUAAAUGCCCUGCUCGCCCCAAUGUUCCCCUUGCCAAUGGGGAAACUAGAGAUUUUGGAUGCUCAUCUGGUUUAGAUGCAUCAAGAAAGUUCCAUCCUUGUGCACCACGACAAUUUUGCCAGUUAAGUAAAGCUGGGACCAUAACACAUUUGCAUGAUAGUGAAACCUUCUCCACCAACCAUCCAAUUCAGCUCCAUUGUGCUAGGCAUAUAGUUGGAAAUAAAAAAUCAAGAUUGAAUAUAAAAGGGAAAAGGAAGUCAAAAUAUGUGACACUGAGCAAAACUACACAUUCAGACAGCUGCCUUGAUGGCGCUGAUCAAUCUGGCACCUAUUUGAUGGAAAGGGCUGGCGACAAUAAAAUUAGUGGUACCUCUUCAGAUGGUCACUUGGUGAAGUACUGCUCAUCAUCAGAUGAUGUGAGUGAUGGACCUCAACUGGAGACUUCAAAAGCUGCUGAUUUGUGUCAUAUGAACUCCCUUGAACAAGGUUUUGCUAAUGAAGUACAUGUCCAGUCGGCUGAGGAUCUAACAGAUACCUCUUAUGCUCUCCCAUUUGCCAGAUAUAGUGAAACAGCAUUCACAGGAGAUGUUGCUGUCUCCACUGUGCCACAUGAAAAGUCUUCUUUGCAUCAUGUUACAAUCUGUUCUGAAUAUCAGGUAUCAGAUCUGGCCAAUGGCAUGCUGAAAGCUUCUCGGCUAUAUGAUGUCAAGCUGAAUGUGGAACGAAACUAUCAUGAACCGCAUGUUCCUCAAGCUUCUCUCCAAAGCAAUUUGGAUGACCUAGCUAUUGUAGGUCAUAGUGUGACUGUUGAAGUUCUGCAAAAUUGUUCCUCAGAUGCUCUCUUGAAGAAAACUGAAUGCCAUCCAAUAACCACUAAAACUGAGCUUUUGAUCAAGAAGCGGGGCAAUGUGAUUACCAAAUCAACACCAAAGUCUCGGUUUGGCAUGCGGACACGGUCACAGUCACAGUCACAGUCACGUGUGAAGAUACAGCACAUGAUCUCUGGUCAUUUGAUGCUGGGUUCUCCUUUCUUGAGAAGUAAAUCAUCCAGAAGUAAGCAUAAGAAAUCAGGCUUCUCUCAAAGGAAGAUCCGCAGACUUUCUUCAAUUACAAUUGAUCGUAGGCGCACUGUGGCGGAUAGAAAACUAGUUGUUGAGAAGAUAGUUAGCCCUGCCAUUGCCUGCAUCCCUCUUAGACUGGUUUUCAGUCGUAUAAAUGAAGCAUUGACCAAUUCAGCACGACCAUCAAGCUGUAUCUGACAUUCAACCAAGUCUAGGCAGCUGCAUUUCCUCCCUUUUCAUAAGCUCUGAUUAGGCUACUUUUCUUUCAGCUUUAUGAGGUAUAAAUUCACUUAAGUUGCCUGCUUUUGUGCACCUGACUUUUUUCUGUAGCUGAUGUUGUAAAUAUGCCCAGCAUUGAACUUGUUCAUAUAUCAUGUUUUAUGUUUUAACGCCU